AUGGAUGGCAUGAACGCGGUCUACGCUCAGGACGAAUAUGGGAGACCUUUCAUCAUCCUCAGGGAGCAGCAGAAAAAGUCCAGACUCAGCGGCAUCGAGGCGCAAAAGUCCCACAUCCUAGCUGCCAAGACCAUUGCCAACAUCAUCAAGACUUCACUCGGACCCCGUGGUCUCGAUAAAAUCUUGAUCUCCCCAGAUGGUGAAAUCACCGUUACCAACGACGGUGCCACAAUCCUUGACCAAAUGGAUGUUCAGCACCAGAUCGGAAAAUUGUUGGUCCAACUGUCAAAGUCGCAGGACGAUGAGAUCGGAGACGGAACUACUGGUGUCGUUGUCAUGGCUGGCGCAUUGUUGGAGCAGGCUGAGCAUUUGCUGGAUCGCGGUAUUCACCCUAUUCGCAUCUCUGAUGGAUUCGAGCGUGCGUGCAACAUCGCUAUUACCCAUUUGGAUUCCAUCUCUGACACGGUUGAAUUUUCGCGGGAGAACACUGAGAACCUCUACAAGACUGCCAAGACCAGCUUGGGAAGCAAAAUUGUUUCAAAGUGCCAUGAUCAGUAUGCUAGGAUUGCAGUGGAUGCUGUUCUUCAGGUUGCAGAUUUGGAGCGCAGGGACGUCGAUUUCGAGUUGAUCAAAGUGGACGGCAAGGUCGGAGGAUCAUUGGCAGAUACCGUGUUGGUCAAGGGCGUUGUCAUCGACAAAGACUUUUCUCACCCUCAGAUGCCUCGUGAAGUCAAGGACGCCAAGAUCGCCAUUUUGACCUGCGCGUUCGAGCCACCAAAGCCCAAGACCAAGCAUAAGCUGGACAUCACCUCAGUGGAGGAGUACAAGAAGUUACAGUCGUACGAGAAGGAGAAGUUCGAGCUUAUGAUCAAGCAGGUCAAGGACACUGGCGCCAACCUCGUCAUUUGCCAAUGGGGAUUCGAUGAUGAGGCCAACCAUUUGCUGAUGCAAAACAAGCUUCCAAGUGUCCGCUGGGUCGGUGGUCCCGAGAUCGAGUUGAUUGCAAUUGCUACUAAUGGACGCAUUGUUCCUCGCUUUGAGGACCUCGCUCCUGAGAAACUUGGACACGCUGGGGUUAUUCGCGAAUUGAGCUUUGGAACAACCAAGGACCGCAUGCUUGUCAUCGAGGAGUGCGCCAACACCCGCGCUGUCACUGUUUUUGUCCGUGGAGGCAACAAGAUGAUCAUUGACGAGGCCAAGCGCUCGCUUCAUGAUGCCAUUUGUGUCGUCCGCAACCUGGUCAAGGAUAACCGUGUGGUCUACGGAGGUGGCGCUGCCGAAAUUUCCUGCUCGUUGGCUGUCUCGAAGGCUGCGGACGAGGUGUCGAGCGUGCAUCAGUAUGCAAUGCGUGCCUUUGCUGAGGCGCUUGAGGCCGUUCCCCUUGCCCUCGCUGAGAACUCUGGAUUGCCGCCCAUUGAGACCUUGGCCGACGUCAAAUCGCGUCAGGUGACGGAGAACAACAGUCGACUGGGAGUCGACUGCCUGUACAAGGGCACGAACGAUAUGAAGGACCAGUUUGUGUACGAUCCCCUGAUCUCGAAGAGACAGCAGAUCCUCCUCGCGACACAGCUCGUCAAGCACAUUCUGAAAAUAGACGAUCUCAUCCAGAGCCAUAUAGAAUAA